ACUCCAAAAUGGCACAUACAAGAACUCCAGAAACUUAGGCCAGACUUCAUGGGUUGUUUGCUAGAAGCAUCUUCACAAGGGACCUGCACAACAUGAAAUCUUCUUAACUCCCCAGAGUUCCUCAACGGAUACAAUGGAUACCCACACAGUGGCGUGAGUCCUCGCCUGCGGAUCACCGGGCCGAUGAACAUCAACCACUACGCCACCAAGAAGAGCGUGGCCGAGAGCAUGCUGGACGUGGCGCUCUUCAUGGCCAACGUCACGCAGCUCAAGGCAGUGCUGGAGCAGGGCACUUCCUUCCAGUACUACACCACCCUCAUCGUGCUCAUCAGCAUCUCCCUCUUCUUCCAGGUGGUGAUUGGGAUUAUCCUCAUCAUCACUGCUCGUUUGAACCUGAAUGAUGUUGCAAAGCAGCCCCACCUGAAUAUACUCAACAAUGCUGCCACAGCUCUCAUCUUCAUCACAGUCAUCCUCAACAUCUUCAUCACAGCCUUUGGGGUGCAGAAGACUGGCCUUUACCCUAGGAAUUUUCGACCUUAUUAAGUCAUGGGGCAAUGGAGUCAGGACCUGAGCAACACGGCUGGCAGGAAUAACUCUCCUCCUCUACAUGUUCACCGACCUCGGCAGGAGCCCAUCGACAGAGCUGAGUUAACCUUUCCAACGUGUGUGUGUGUGUGUGAUGGUGUAUCAGCACUUACCCUAAUGCUUCUGCAGCCCCGAAGGGGUGGAAGCUUUGACUUGCAAAGCUAGAGAAAACUUUGCUAAAGAGGGCUGCAGGAGCUUCAAGGCACAGCUCUGCAAAGCUCAUCUCUUCUUUCAGCUGCCUGCUCCUCACGCCCCACAGUUCAUGUUAUAGAGAAGUCUGGAUGCUUUCCAUGAGAAAAUCCAGCUUUGUUGUCUAAAAUGCUGCACUUAAAGCCAAGCUGCCUAACUGUUUACCUCCCAAAUGCUGCUGCCAUGGAUUUCUCAGCCUGAAACCAAAAGUAGUUCUCAUGGCAGGAUAGAAAAGUGUGUGUGUGUCCAUCUGGAUGCAGCCAGCCCAAAGCUUUUCCUAGCUGCUGGAAGCUAAAUAGGACCCAGCUAAGAAAACAAGUAGAUCGUUCCAGCAAUGCAAGGUUAACAAUGGUCUGAUGUCGGCAGCACGAACCUAUCAGGAAUGAUGUCAGAGUAACCUAACAAGCUGUAGGAGAAAAUCCAGCACCAAUGUACACACACAGCACCUCCAGGCUCAGCACCAUUGUACACACAGCACCCCCAGGUUCAGAACCAUUAUACUCACAGAGCACCUCCAGGCUCAGCACCAUUGUACACACAGCACCCCCAGGUUCAGAACCAUUAUACACACAGAGCACCCCCAGGCUCAGCACCAUUAUACUCACAGAGCACCUCCAGGCUCAGCACCAUUAUACUCACAGAGCACCUCCAGGCUCAGCAUCAUAUACACACACAGCAUCUCCAGGCUCAAUACCCUUAUACUCACAGAGCACCCCCAGGCUCAGCACCAUUAUACUCACAGAGCACCUCCAGGCUCAGCAUCAUAUACACACACAGCAUCUCCAGGCUCAAUACCCUUAUACUCACAGAGCACCUCCAGGCUCAGCACCAUUAUACUCACAGAGCACCUCCAGGCUCAGCAUCAUAUACACACACAGCAUCUCCAGGCUCAAUACCCUUAUACUCACAGAGCACCCCCAGGCUCAGCACCAUUAUACUCACAGAGCACCUCCAGGCUCAGCAUCAUAUACACACACAGCAUCUCCAGGCUCAAUACCCUUAUACUCACAGAGCACCUCCAGGCUCAGCACCAUUAUACUCACAGAGCACCUCCAGGCUCAGCACCAUUAUACACACACAGCACCCCCAGGCUCAGCACCAUUAUACACACACAGCACCCCCAGGCUCAGCACCAUUAUACACACACAGCACCUCCAGGCUCAGCACCAUUAUACACACACAGCACCUCCAAGCUCAGCACCAUUAUACACACACAGCACCUCCAGGCUCAGCACCAUUAUACACACACAGCACCUCCAGGCUCAUUGCCACUGUGAGCAGCGACAGGGGUACAGUGUGUGUGCGUUGCUUCCCUAAAAACAUCACCAGAAUCAGUUAGGGUCUCAUCAUUAAGGGCAAUGGUUUAAAAUGUAUCAUUUUUAUACUGAAAGGGCUGGGAAUCUUUUGGACUAGAAGAGUACCCUCAAAAUGGAUUCAUGAUUUUCCAGAUUGGUUUGUUGGAGUAAAAAGUUUUCACUUCUAAAUCUUGCAAUGUUGUGGUAAUGCUUUUAAAGGACCAAAAAAAGGGGAAUUUCAGAGCCUGGUGUAAGCCUGUUUCACUAAUUAAAUGCUUUUCUGAGUGCUAAA